AUGGCAGAGCCAAUCCAGCAGCUGACUAGAAACAACAAUCCCCAGGGAAGACAAACCAUCCCAUUUACUCUGAUCCAGCGCAAGGAAAAGCUUGGAGAUCUACUUUAUGAAAAACGUCAGUAUGGAAAAGCCAAGUGGGCUUGUAUAAAAAUGAAAGAAAAACAGUAUGAACAGAGCAUAUGCCUUGGAUUCAUGAAGCUUAUGAGAUACAUUUGUGAGCAGAAUUCCUCAGGACUGUACUUGGGGAUAACGAUACCCAUCGUGACCAUAGUCCAUACAAAUGAAUCGCAAUCAGAGAUGACACAGUCAGUGACAGUAGCAUACUACCUGCCUGAAGUGCUGCAGGACGAGCCACCUCAUCCUUUUGACUCUGACAUAAUCAUUGAAGAGUGGCCUGCUACUAUUGUUUAUAGUAGGAGCUUCAGAGGAAUCACCAAUGAAGACUCUAUAAUGAGAGAAAUAAACCUGUUGGCAGAAAUUCUGGAGAGUCCCGAGUUAUGUUUGCAGGAUACAUUCAUCAUUGCAGGAUAUACAAAUCCAGCUGCUGCCAAUCGACACAACGAGAUAUGGUUCCUUCAAAGACCAUAG